AGAAAAGUAUUGUUACAGACGACAGAGCAGUGAAGUUUUGAUGAAGCAAGGGAAAUGAAACGAAGAGAUCUCAGUGGCCUCGAUCUCUGCAAAUUCAGGAAAGAGAGCGUCCAUCCUAUGUUUGGAUUUCAGCUCAGGAGCUCUACGCUAUUCUAUUCUCCGCUCCGCCACAUCUUCAAGGUUCACUUGCUUUGACAUUUCUUGUUAUUAUUAGUUAGUGUCCUUGUAAGUCAAUUAUAAAUGAAUUAACACUAUACCAUGUAAUCCAAUCUGCUAUAUAUGCCAUGCCUCUCUCACUGUGGUCAUGUUCAUGUAUUUGAUUCAGCUACUAGCUAGGGUACUCCAAACGUUAUAAACUUUGAUCACUUUCUCACCUCUCAAUUGAUGGGUGAAGGUGAAGUCAACCAUGUGAACAAAUCCAACCCAACACUAACAUUAUUGCCUCUCAUAGCUCUAAUCUUCUAUCAAGUAUCUGGGGGUCCUUUUGGAGUAGAGGAUUCUGUCAGGGCUGCUGGUGGUCCUCUUUUACCUUUGCUUGGAUUCUUGAUUUUCCCUUUUCUAUGGAGUCUUCCUGAAGCUCUCAUCACAGCUGAACUUUCCACAACCUUCCCUCACAAUGGUGGAUAUGUUAUUUGGAUUUCCUCAGCUUUUGGACCUUUUUGGGGCUUUCAGGAAGGCUUUUGGAAAUGGUUCAGUGGGGUCAUGGACAAUGCUCUUUACCCUGUUUUGUUCCUUGAUUACUUGAAGCAUUCCUUGCCAAUCUUUAACCAGCUCAUUGCUCGAAUCCCUGCUCUUUUAGGGAUCACAGUUUCACUCACUUACUUGAAUUACCGAGGCCUUCACAUUGUUGGUCUUUCUGCUGUUCUUCUUGCAGUUUUUUCCCUUUCCCCAUUCCUCGUAAUGGCCCUUCUUUCCAUUCCUCAAAUUAGGCCCAGGAGAUGGCUUCUUGUAGAUUUUAACAAGGUGGAUUGGCGAGGAUACUUCAAUAAUUUGUUCUGGAACUUAAAUUAUUGGGACAAGGCAAGUACCCUUGCAGGAGAGGUUGAAAAUCCCACUAAAACAUUCCCAAAAGCCCUCCUUGGAGGACUAGUUUUGGUGGUCUCCUCAUAUUUGAUUCCACUACUUGCGGGAACAGGUGCUUUGAGAUCCUCCCCAAGUGAAUGGACAGAUGGUUAUUUUGCUGAGGCAGGCAUGUUAAUUGGUGGCUUCUGGCUCAAACUCUGGAUUCAAGCUGCUGCUGCCAUGUCUAACGUGGGCUUGUUUGAAGCAGAAAUGAGCAGUGAUGCUUUUCAACUUCUAGGGAUGAGCAAGAUUGGAAUGCUUCCAGCUGUAUUUUCUUCAAGGUCCAAGUACGGAACGCCCACAGUUAGCAUUUUGUUCUCUGCCACUGGAGUUAUCUUCUUGUCAUGGAUGAGCUUUCAAGAAAUCGUAGAGUUCCUCAAUUUCUUAUAUGCUAUUGGAAUGCUUCUUGAGUUUGCAGCUUUUAUUACUUUGAGAUUGAAGAAGCCAAAUCUUCCUAGACCAUACAGAGUUCCAUUGCAAACAUUUUGGGCGGCCAUGCUUUGCCUGCCUCCUGCCUUGUUGCUUAUUCUUGUUAUGUGUUUGGCUUCUUUUAGAACAUUCUUUGUGAGUGGAGCAGUGAUUCUGGUGGGGUUUAUCCUGUACCCUAUCUUGGUUCAUGCCAAGAAUAAGAAUUGGAUACUAUUUGAAGCAGAACCACCUUCCUUGCCUUCCCAAGGCUGGCAGCCAUGCAAUUCAGUUGUUUCAGAAAUGAUUGAUCAAGAAAACAAGAGUGUUGAGCUUUUUGAGAGCUCACCAUUUGCUAGUGUGGAGGAAGAAUUGUCUUUAAUGCGAAGUGAUUCUAAGCCAAACUAGAGGAUCUUGUCUUGAACAUUUCCAGGCAACAUUUUACUUUAGCUUGUGCACUGCUGAGGUAGCAAGAAAGGGGUUUGGCUAUCUAUUAUGCUGGAGCUAAUUUAUUCUAGUUUGUAUCCUAAUUUUUUGUUUAAUUUUUCUUCUAAUGAUUGAUUCAGGCUCUCUAUUCCUAAGUUCAGUUGAGUAGAACACCAAUGAAUGCAUAAGAUCUCUUUCAUGUUUGGAGUAAUGCGAUAUCUCACUUCCCCAAGCAAGCUGAACGCACGUUAGAACUAAACCUAAACACAGUCAACCUCCAAAGAGGCGAGAGCAGAGGUGGGGUCGUGGGAUGGCUGAACAUGGCAUGACCAGAUCUUGUUUGUAUCGUUCCUUGUACUAGACACUACUUGACACUAAUUAUACAAAGAAUUGUAGCUAUUUUCAUUUGUAAAAAAUGCUUAAUUUGAUUUUGAUUCACUUCUAUUAGAUUUUCUUUCGUCUAAA